UGAAGUAGGAUGACCUCCUAGUGACGUGUGUCUUUCUUAGAAUUUCACUGCCAGAGAAGCCUUUGCUCUUUUGAAAUAAUCCUGAUUAAGGGUUGGCUUGCCAAGAAAAGCCAUGUUUACAAAGCUUAAAAAGAAAAUUGCAGAGGAGGCAGCCAUUUCUCCAAGACCAGGAGGAGCUGCUCGAAUUCCCCGCACCAUUAGCAAAGAGUCCAUCACAUCUGCAGGAGCUGACUCAGGAGAUGAUUUUGCAUCAGACGGCAGCAGUUCCCGAGAUGAUCUGUCCUCACAAAUCUCCAGGAAGAAUGAACAAAUCCGGAGGCUGGAAGCCAAACUGUCAGAUUACGCAGAACAGGUCCGAAACCUGCAGAGGAUGAAAGAAAAGCUUGAGGGUGCUUUAGAAAAAUACCAGGAUUCAUCCAUGCGGAAACUGCAAGAGCAAAAUGAAGCUUAUCAAGCAAGCCGCGCAAAAAUGGCAGACGAGCUGCUAUUGGCGCUUGAAAAAAAGGACCAGGAAUGGAUGGCAAAGUUGGCUGAUCUUGAAGAGGAAAAACAGCAGCUGUCUGAUCAGCUGGAUACCAUGAAAAAACAAAGCAUAUCUUUAUUCCAGAAGAGGGAAGACCUUGAUGAGCUGGGGGUGUUUCAGCAGCAGGAGAUGGCAAAAAUUAAACACAUGCUUCUGAAAAAAGAAGAAUUGUUAAACCAAGUAGAGAAAGAUUUGGAUUUUCAAAAGAGAGAAUCAGCUGUGACUUGUGCUGAACUUCAGAAAACCAGACAGUGGUCAGAAAAACUGAAAGAGGAACUAGAUAAGCUGCAAGAGGAACAUUCCCAACUUACUCAGCAAAGGAUGGAGCUUACAACGUAUCAGGAAGGAGCAGAGAAGAAGAUCACAGAAUUAGAGAAUAGGCAGCAGGAAUUGCAAGACUUUAUCCAGCAACUCUCCCUAGACUUGCAGAAGACUCAGUCUUCAGCUUCUGGAUGUGAGAAGAGACUGGGGGAGGUGCAAGCCGACUAUGAAGAUUUGAAAGUACAACACGAACAGCUUAAAGCUAAAAUUGCAGUGGAGACUAGAGAGAAAGAUGCCUUGAUCACCCGUCUGCAGGACAAAGUCAGCUCACUGGAGAGAAUGCUGGAGGGAUCGUACUCCGGAGAGGAAGGACUACAGGAACUACUUAAAGAGAAGGGUGCCUUGGAGAUGAGACUGGAUGAGACCAGGCAACAACUGCUAGAAGCAAGGACCUUGCACACAGAUUCUACCAGCCGGUUGGAAAAUGAGGUAACAAAACUGGGCAUUCAGUUGGAGGAGGCACAAGGAGAUCUUCAGCAGAAAGAAAGUGAAUUCUCCGAUUUCCGAGAACUAAGCUCUUCACUGCUCAAAGGUUUGGAGCAAACAUUACAAUCUGUCCGUGAGAAUCUGCGACGGCGAGAGGAGGAGUUAAAUGACAGAGAAGCACAAAUUAAAUCUCUGCAAGCUGAAAUGGAGGCAGAAACUAACAGGCUGACGCAGCAGCUGCACAGUGUAAGACAGCAGUUUGCUGAAAAAGUGGAACGGUUUGAGGCCCAAAUUCUUGCUCUGGAAGGUGCUCGAGACUUUGAUAAAACAGCAGCACAGCACAAAAUAAGCCAACUGGAACAAGAAAAUGAGGUUCUAACAGGAAGGAGCAAAGAGUUGGAAACUGCUCUCAAUAGGCAGGAAGUUGAGCAAGCCAAAAUGAAGGAUGAACUGAGCAGCAGAGAGACUGUGUGCAUUGAGAUCGCUAAAGCUCUGGAGGAAACGAGGAAGCAAAAGGAAGAACUUCAGCAACAGGUGGCCAGUCUGAAUGCUGUGAUUGAAGAUAACACACGCAUCCUCGCUCAGACGAAGGAAGAACUUGAGCAAAAAGACAAGGAGAUAGUGGCCCUGAGAGGAGAUUAUGACAACAUGGUUUCAAAAAUGCAACAAUUACAAUCUGAUUUGGAAAAUUACAAAAGCAGAGUCUUAUUAAGUGAGGAAUCUGCUGAGAAGCAAUCUAGUACUGCAAAGAUGCAGCUGCAGGAGCUGAAAGAGGCUCUACUGGCAAGUGAAUCACAGGUGUCUUCACUCCAAGAAGAGGUGUCAACCCAGCAUGAUCGUCUUCAUGGUAGAGAUAACCUAGAACAUAAUGGAGAGAUCAUGGUGGGGGAUAUUGCUCAACUACAAAAGGAGAAACGUGUAAUGGAGCAGCAGAUUUCAGAGAAGAAUAAGACUAUAAAGCAGCUUCAACAAAGGAUGGCAGAGCUAAAAAAGACAUUACAAAAGGAAUUGAAAAUAAAACCAGAACCUGAAAUUAACGAAAUGCGAGAGAAACUGAGUCCUGAGCUAGCCACCCCCGCGCUGACUGUGACCAAUAACUCUGACCUGAAUGACUCGCGGGAGAUCAAUUUUGAGUAUCUGAAACAUGUUGUUUUGAAGUUUAUGUCUGCACGGGAGGCAGAGGCCUUUCAUCUCAUCAAAGCUGUAUCUGUAUUGCUAAACUUCUCUGUAGAAGAAGAAAACCUGGUUAAGGAGACCUUAGAAUACAAGAUGUCUUGGUUUGGGUCAAAGCCAGCUCCAAAAGGUUCCAUUCGUCCUUCGAUCUCCAAACCCAGAACACCUUGGUCUUAAUGAAAGGAAAUGUGAAGACUAACUCCCUUCUUCCUGAUUGGUUGCACUUUGUAUGUAAGGAACACUAAAUGCGGGGAGGUCUUAGUGAUGACUACUGUCCCUGCAGUGUAUUUUUAAUAAGGCUUUACAAGCUUGUUUAUGAUCCGGGUAUCUCGGGAGUUACUUUUUUGUUUUGGGGUGGAAUAGCAAAUGUUUAUUUUAUUAAGAUGAAUGCUCAAAAGUCUACGCUUAGUUGUUCACAGAUGCAUCUGACUGUCACAUGCCUUUCUGGAUAUAAACCGGAGAGAGGAACAUAUCUGAAAACUGCACAUCUGUAUGUCAAAUGUUCUGGAUACAUCUGAUGCCAACACGAGUUAUGUACCAAUGAGGGCAACAUCAUUUUAAAUAAAGCUGCUAUGGUUGGCUUUUAUUUGACCAUGAAGAGCUAUGGGGGUGUCCAGAAUUCGCCAUCCAGCUGUGGCUAAACUACAGUUUUCAUAAUAGGCUUGCGGAAAUUCUGAUAAAGUAGUCCAACAACUACAGAGGGAACAAACACUCCAGUUUUAUGAAGUCAGCAGAAUGUUUUUGAUGUUUCAUGCAAUUCCCCAUACCCAUCAGUAUGUUUUAAAGGGCUAAUGGUGGUUCUGGGCUCAAAAAUGUUGACUGCAUUGCAUAAUUUAAGUUGUUAUUGGUUAGUGUACAUUUGUAUAUUCCUGUACUUCUUUGUAAAAUUUGUCCUGCCAACCUGUCUUCAUACAGAGCCGAUGGUGGAUCAGUCAGGCUUUAAAACUGCAAUAUGUGGCAAACCACGAUUUUGGUACGUGAUUUGAGAUACCUAGCACAGUAUUUUCCUGCAAAUGCUGCACUUUUAAGAUACUGAUCUCCCAGCUGCAAAAAUCAAAUCAAAUUGAAAUGUAUUGCAUCUAGGAAAUGGGGUAUAGAGACCAACUUUGCAAACUUGAAUUCUUGAGUGAAUCAUGUAAUAUUUAUUAUUGUAUCACAACACCUCCUGUAUUUACUGCAUAUUCUAUCUAUUAUUUAAUAUGUAUAUUGGUCUUUUUUAUCACUGCAUCCAGAGUUUAAGAUCAGGGUUUAGGUCCGGUAAAAUCUGGGGCACUUUGCUCAUGCCGAGUUAUGUGUCCUUGGUUAGACUAAAUAAAUAUUUGUGAACAUCUUUA